AUGUUUAGAAAUAACUACGACAACGACUCCGUGACCUUCUCGCCCCAAGGCCGGAUAUUUCAGGUGGAAUAUGCACAGGAGGCUGUAAAGCAGGGUUCGGUGGUAGUGGGCAUAGUCAGCAAGACACACGCCGUCCUCGCUGCCCUCAAGCGAAAUGCGGAGGAGCUAUCUUCAUACCAAAAGAAGGUCAUUGCUAUUGACUCCCAUAUGGGAAUUGCCAUUGCCGGUCUUGCCUCUGAUGCCCGUGUCCUGUCCAACUUUAUGAAACAACAAUCCCUAGCUUCUAAGAUGACGUACGGCCGCCCGCUCCAAGUAGAGCGUAUCGUCAGCCGAAUCGGAGAACGUGCACAGACGAACACACAGCAGUACGGAAAGAGACCUUACGGUGUCGGUUUACUGGUUGCCGGUGUCGACGAGGCAGGACCCCAUCUCUUCGAAUUUCAGCCCUCCGGCAUGACACAGGAGAUGGUUGCGUGUGCAAUUGGAGCCAGGAGCCAGAUGGCCAGGACAUAUUUAGAAAGGAACUUGGAUUCGUUUGCUGACUGUGGACGUGAGGCCUUGAUCAACCAUGCAUUGAAGGCAUUGAAGGAGAGCUUGUCGCAAGACCGGGAAUUGACCAUUGAUAAUACGACCGUGGGCAUUGCUGGCGUGCCGAGUGCGGCUACCAAUGGAAAGAUUGAUACCUUUAAAUUAUACGACGGGCCUGAUGUCACGGCGUUCCUGGAGAGUGCUCAUGAAGAGGCGAGCGCUGCACCGGCAGAAACCCAACCAUCAGCAGAGGCAAUGGAGGUAGACUCGUGA